GAGCAAGGGGAGACCUACGCGACUGAAGUGGGUCGUCAAAGCAUGCAAGGGAAGAGCGGGACGGAACAAGGACAAGAAAACAACAUGCAAAACGAAACUGAAAGGAACAGACCCACAGGUGUGAUGUCACACACCACUGAGCCCUCCCUCCUCCUGGCCACCAAUCAGGAUGAGACUGAUCAAACCUGCAGAGCCAAUCAUACAAAACUAGCAACAGGGACGGCCCGGAGUUCGAACCUCAACCAAUCUGCUAGUGUCAAAAACCUGAUCACCAAGUUCUCCGGUCCAGAUUGCACCCCCAGGUCUGGUUCUCCAGUAACUACUUCCCCUUUCACCUCCAGCCCGAAUGACCUGGGCCACGGCGUGGGUCAGGUUGUGGAAAUAUCCUCGUCUAUUAACUUGACAGGCCCAAACUUCAGUCCUGCGGAGAUCGCACUGUCUCAAAUUCGGCAGAACUCAAAGUCAAACACCAGUCCCAUUCCCAGCAUCAGUGUGACGCCACCAUUAAGAACAACGGGAGCUACUCAACACAGGGCUGAUCCAGUCCCGGGAGGCCCCAGAGGUGGUCACCAACUGGGAAGCAGCAAGAAAGACUCUCCAAAUAGGGGCAGUGCAGAAGUUAGUCCUGCCCAGAAGACAGACUCUGAACUGAAUCAUAGGCCAGCAGAUCCUGCAGGAAAACGCCCACAAAUAAACAGCAGCACCGAUUCUGGGAGAGAGUCGGUGGCUGACUCUGGCAUGGGAUCGGAGUCAGAGUUCGAGCCCAACAAGCAGCCAGACAGCCCCGCAUCAGAGGACGAGCCCUCCGCGCCCCGGGUGGUGCUAAGCCCCAAUCAGAACCCCAAAUAUCAGCUGUUUCUCAGCAACGACGUGAGGAACGGGUCCAGCAGCAGGGAUGCAGAUGGCCCGGGAGGGGGGUCGCUGGGGGAGAACGGCGUCAGGCUGGCCCGAUGGGAGAGCUCGCGGCUGGGGACGAACCUCUACCGGGGCUCCCUGGAGUCACUGGCCUCACGGGACUGGGACACCAUGUCGGACAGGGCUGGUGGUUUUGACAGUCCUCCCAGAGUGUUCAACAGUCCAUACGCCACUGCCUCCAUGGAGUACAACCCCAUGUACCGCAUGUCGGAGUUUAAGGUUCAGGGCGGGUUGUCCCCAGCCACCUCAGAGUUGAACCUGUUCAGCUACAACAGUCGCAGCACCAGUCCGGUGCCUACACCCACCCUCACCUCUCCCCGCACCCACUUCUCCACCUACGACGCCCUGACCAGGAGGAGAGCCGAGGUCAACAACUCUGUGAUUACCAACCACAUGACACUGCGUUCGGCCAAUCUGGGGGCCCCCAACAAAAGAGAUUAUAUAGAGGAACUGACAAAACAACUGGAUGCCUGUCAAAAGAGAAACCAGUUUCUGGAGGCAGAGAGUGUGGAGAUGGACAAGGAGAGGAACCAAAUCAGGUUAGAGAUGCGUGGUCUGCUGGUGCACAAUGAAGAUCUGCUGAGGGCGAACACUCAGCUGAACAACGAGCUGAAGAGGAUGAAGGAGAGGAUGAUGGAGAUGGAGAGAGAGACUCAAGCCAUGACAGACAACUGCAGACAAAUGGAGAUUGAGCUGAAGGAGGCUCGGGACAUGAUGGUAGAGGCCAACACUCAGGAAUAUGCCUUCAACUUCCUGCAGCAGUCACUGAAAAACAAGAUCCAAGAUGCCGAGGAGAACUUGGAGAAGCAGUCCCAGCAAGUCCAGAGCCUGUCAGAUAAGUUAUGGCUGGCAGAGAGAAAGGUGGAGGAAUACGAGAUGGACAGCGGCACAAAAGACAAGAAGACAGCUGAACUCACCAGCACCAUCCUAAGACUAGAGACCGAGCUAGCAGCUGCAGUACUCUCCUCCACCCAGGCGGGGGCGGACCUGAGUUUGCAACAGAAGCUGCGUGAGGACGUCCAACUCAGGAUGGAGGAGCUGGAGGAGAUCCUGUUGGAGAAAGACCAGGAGCUACAGAGAACCCAGGAGAUCAUCAACAGACUGCAGGGAGAGGUCUCUGGAAAGUUGAUUGACAAGGAGCGCACCCUGGAGGAGGAGAUUCAGCUCAGAGAGAGAAUGCAGCUGCAGUGGAAACAGGCGGAGAGAACCGUGGACGACCUGCAGAUGGAGCUACAGAGCGCCAACCAGUCUAAAGAGGACCUGGCCAAACAAGUCAAACAGUAUCAGGAGAAGAUGAUUGACUUGGAGAGUGAUAUUGAGGAGUUGCACGACAGUGAGCAGAGAUGGGCCUCCAAGCACAAAAGAUCAAUCGAGCAGACCGAGCAGCUGCAGCUGAAGUUGCUUCAGCAGAAGGAUUUGAACGAUCAGCUGGACUGUGAGAAAGUCCUCAUGGAGAGACAACUGCGUGAGUUACGUUCAGAGGUUGAGGAGCUUCAGAGCAACAAGGUUCAGGAGGACGUCAUCUCUAAAACUGAGAGCAGAGCCAAGGAGCUGGAGAACGUCCUCAGAGCUGAGGAACGAAACAAGGUGGUGCUGACCAACACCAUCAGUAAGCUGGAGAGGAAGAUCAACGAACUGUCGGAUCAGAUGGAGGAGGAGCACAGGAUAUCUACUGAACAGAAAGACCUGAUGACCCAGCGGAUCCGCUCAUUGAAGCGGCAGCUGAACGAGGCUGAGGAGGAGGCAAGCAGGAAGGAGGCGCAGUAUCGCCACACCCAGAGGGAGCUGGCGGAGGAAAGGGAGACUGCUGGGAGGCUGCAAAGGCAGCUGCUGGACCAACACCUACAGCUUAAGCGUAAGGAGUCCCAGAUGAUGAGGCAGACCCUGGACUCGCUGAGGCUGGACCUGAGCGUCGAUGAGGAAGAGGAUAAGGAAGUGCAAAGCAAUUCAGCCACCAAAGUCUGACUGUGUCACUGAGGCCUACACCAGCUUCCGAGCUACCGUGCUACGGAUCCCUUUAAGUCCCACUAGGAAAUUAGUAUUACAACCAAAAGCAGACCCCAAAAGAGCCACAUCCUGCCACAGACUUUACUUCAUUAAGACCACGUCCCGAGUGUAACUGUCUACUCAGCUGGCCUUGUGCGCUUUGUCACGGUAACGGUGGUGAGAUGUAUUCAUGCAUCAUGUACGUAUCCCAAAAAUAACCUUUUCCGAGAGGGCCAUUUAUCAACUCACAGAGGAUUUUAUUCAAAUACAUUUCCACAAAAUAGCCCACAUUAUCAGGAGCCUCACCUGGUUUUUAAUAUCACAGGGGGGUCGAUGAGGUUUGCUGCAGAACUACGGCUCACUAAAAUUUUAAAGUUUGUGGCGUAAUUUUGAACUGAAUACCAAUUAAAUUGAAAUCAACACAAACGACAUUGUUCUUUUUUGAUAUUCAUAAUUUUAGCACUUCCGGCUGUUAACGACAACCCUCUCCAGCACGAACAUCAAGUAACUUAUUUUGUUUUUGCUCGUGAAGAAGUUAUGUAUAAUUUAGGGGUAACAACUGAUUCAUUUUCACGUACCAAAAAUCGACUUGUUUCGUCUUGAGUGUUGGGACAGAGACAUUUUGACCCCCAGCACGGCACCACAGUGGACGGUCUGCGGGCAAUGCUGACGGAAGGAACAAGAGCGAUGGAAGUCUGUGUAAAAAUGUGUCCGUUUUUUAUGAAAUUUCAACCUUUUCUAUUUUCUAUUUGGAGAAGGUGGUGAGCAAUCGACGAGUACACCACAGGGUCGGCCGGGGCAGUCCCUGUCUUUUGAUCAAAUAGCAAUAAAUCCAUUUUUUUUUCUUAAUUCCCAAUUUAACAUUCAAUCUGAAUCAUGCGGAACAUGAAAAUGAUCAUUUAGUUGAACUCAAGCUUCUUGUUUUCAACUACGAAAGGACAGGACAAGCUUUACUGUUUGGAUAUGUGAGCUAUUUGAAGACAAAAGUGACACACAACAGAUAUGCGGAUAUUAGCCUGGAUGAGUGGGGCCUCAAGAGGAGUCCUCGAGCCAAGGCUCCUUGAAAUAGUCCGUCACAUAUAGCAGAACAUGGUAUAAAUACAGCUUUAUUCACCCGUUACAGUAACGGGUGACGCCCGAACUCACUGAUUGCAGCUUUUGCUCUUAAGGGGGGAAGGAAACUUUAAAUAAUGGUUAAUUGCUCGCACGUGUGUGUAUGGUAGUGCCAACCAGCUCUCCAGCCACAAAGGGUAACUCAGGUUUGCUUGAAUAUGCUGGUGUUAGAUGUUCCUCACCGGCUCUCCCUCUGCUCUCCCACCUUCACAGCUCCGAUAAGAGGUGUUUUCUUUGGCCUUUUACUGCUGACAAACUUUACAUUUUGAGGCGUGCACCUGGAAUAUCUGCAGUAUUUGAAUGUAUUUCAUGUUAGGACGGCUACCGGCACAUUACGGGACGAUAAGAUAUUACAAGCUGAAGUCGUGCAAUGGGAUGUGUGUGAGUGUCGUAAGUCUUUAGUUUUCAUCACGGUUAUUUUUGAUUCACGCGUAAAACACAAGGAGGGAUUAUUUAUAUUGGAGACGUGUUCUGUGUUUCAUGCUGUUGUGAGUUGAUUUUGUGGAAUUGUAAUUCUUGUGUGUGUGUGUGUGUGGGGGGGGGGGGGCGGGGGUAGAUAUUUUUGUUAGUUGUACAGUUUUAGUUGGGGCAGGAGAAGCAGAAAUGUCCCUCUUAUGGGGCGGCUGGUGACGCCACAUGUACCAGCGGAGGAGGCGUGUGGUAGUCUGCAGCCCUCCUUGGAUCGGCAGAGGGGGUGGAGCAGUGACUGGGACGGCUCGGGAGGGUGGAGUAAUUGGCCGGG